UCCUGAGUCGUCAGACCCGGAAGUGAUGUGCAGUCAUCUGACCGAGUGAAAACAGCAUCAGCUCCGUGUUUGUGUGAAUCAGACGGAGUCACCGCUUUGUCCCGUUGUUUCCCGGUGGGAGGGGGGGCAGUAACUCCCGGUGUUUCCCGGCGGGAGGGGGGCAGUAACUCCCGGUGUUUCCCGGCGGGAGGAGAGAUGUGGAUCCAGCCGGAGGAGGUGCUGCUGGCCGGAGCUCUGUGGGUCUCUGAGCGGGCCAACCCGUUCUUCAUCCUGCAGAGGAGGAGGGGGCACGGCCGCGGGGGGGGACUGUCCGGUCUCCUGGUUGGGACUCUGGAUGUGGUUCUGGACUCGAGUGCCAGAGUGGCUCCGUACAGGAUCCUGCUUCAGACUGCAGACUCUCAGAUCUACUGGAACAUCGCCUGUGGCUCGUCCAGGAAGGAGAUCACGGAGCACUGGGAUUGGCUGGAGUCCAACCUGCUGCAGACCAUCUCCAUCUUUGACAACGAUGAAGAUGUCACCACCUUCGUCAAGGGGAAGAUCUCUGGCAUCAUCGCGGAGGAGAACCGGCUGAAGCCUGGCGAGGAGCAAGAGGAGGAUUGUGGGAAGUUUCGGGAGGCGGAGCUGAAGAUGAGGAAGCUGUUCGGGAUGCCUGACGAGGAGAAGCUGGUGAAUUAUUACUCCUGCAGCUACUGGAAGGGACGAGUGCCGCGGCAGGGCUGGCUUUACCUAUCUGUCAACCACCUGUGCUUCUACUCCUUUCUGCUGGGCAAGGAGGUGACUCUGGUAGUGCAGUGGACCGAGGUGACCCAGCUGGAGAAGAAUGCCACCCUGGUGUUUCCAGAGAGCAUUCGUGUCAGCACUCGUCACACCGAACAUUUCUUCUCCAUGUUCCUCAACAUCAACGACACCUUCAAACUCAUGGAGCAGCUCGCGAACAUCGCCAUGCGCCAGCUGCUCGACAACGAAGCAUUCGCUGCUGACCGCUCGCUGCCCAAACCCUGCAAGACGCUCAAGAAUGUCUCCGCACUCAAGAGGGACCUGGAUGCCCGGGCAAAGAACGAACGGUACCGGGCGAUGUUCCGUCUGAUGCAGGACGAGCGUUUGGACGGACACACGGACUGCACACUGUGGACGCCGUUCGCUAAGAUGCACGUGGUCGGACAGCUGUUCAUCUCCAACAACUACAUCUGCUUCAACAGCAGAGAGGAAGACCUGUGUCAGCUGAUCAUCCCGCUCAGAGAGGUGUCCAUCGUGGAGAAGGCAGACAGCAGCAGCGUCCUGCCAUGCCCCGUGUCCAUCAGCACCAAGAACAAAAUGAACUUCCUGUUCGCCAACCUCAAAGACAGAGACUUCCUGGUCCAGCGAAUCUCCGACUUCCUGCAACGAACGCCCGACAGCUCGUGGGGCGACACCAGCCCGCUGUCUCUGAUUGGUCACUCGGCGGCCUCUGGCGUCUCCUCCUCCUCGUCUGCAGGAUCAGAAUCUGUCCACAGGGGGCGUCACUACCACCCUGGUCUGCCCACAGCCAGUCAGGGUCUGCUGCAGCUCUACCACCGCGACGCUCCGGAGGACCUGGGACCCAAAGCCAUGAAAGAGAAAAUGAAGGAGGAGGCGUGGAACAUCCAUUUCUCAGAGUUUGGUCGAGGUGUCUGCAUGUACCGAACGUCCAGGACCCGAGAACUCGUCCUGAACGGGAUCCCAGAGCGUCUGAGAGGAGAGCUGUGGCUGCUGUUCUCCGGAGCGCAGAACGAGAUGGCGACUCACCCUGGUUACUAUGGUGACCUGGUGGAGCAGGCCAUGGGGCUGUGUUCAUUGGCCACAGAGGAGAUCGAGCGUGACCUCCAUCGUUCGAUGCCCGAGCACCGAGCCUUCCAGAAUGAGACAGGCAUCGCUGCACUGCGCCGCGUCCUCACCGCCUACGCCCACCGCAACCCUGGCAUCGGAUACUGCCAGGCCAUGAACAUCGUCACCUCUGUCCUGCUGCUCUACUGCACAGAGGAAGAAGCUUUCUGGCUGUUGGUGGCACUGUGUGAGCGGAUGCUGCCUGACUAUUACAACACCAGGGUCGUAGGAGCUCUGGUGGAUCAGGGAGUGUUUGAGGAGCUGACCCGGGCCUUCCUCCCCCUGCUGUAUGAACACAUGCAGGAGCUGGGAGUGAUCUCCACCAUCAGCCUGUCCUGGUUCCUCACCCUCUUCCUGUCUGUGAUGCCGUUCGACAGCGCCGUCCUAUUGGUCGACUGCUUUUUCUACGAGGGUAUCAAGGUCAUCUUCCAGGUGGCGCUGGCUGUGCUCCAUGACAACAUGGAUGCCCUGCUGUCCUGCAGUGACGAGGGAGAAGCCAUGACCAUCCUGGGCAGGUACCUGGAUAACGUUGUGAAUAAACAGACAGUGGCUCCGCCCAUCCCUCACCUGCAUGCCCUGCUGACAAGCGGAGAUGAACCUCCACCUGAGAUCGACAUCUUUGAUCUAAUUAAGUCGUCCUAUGAGAAGUUCGGUAGCCUGCGCUCUGAUGUCAUUGAGCAGAUGAGGUUCAAACAGAGGUUAAAGGUCAUCCAGUCACUGGAGGACACGGCCAAGAGGAGCGUGGUGAGGGCGAUGAUGACGGAGUCGGCCUUCACCAUUGAGGAACUGGAGGAACUUUACUGUAUCUUUAAGUCCAAACACAUGACGAGUUGUUACUGGGGGUCCAGUAGUUCUGCGGCCGACCGUCACGAUCCCAGUUUGCCGUACCUGGAGCAGUACCGCAUCGACCCGGUCCAGUUCACUCAGCUGUUCACCGCACUUGGCCCCUGGAUCUGUGGAGGCCACACCCCCACCCUGUCAGCCCGCCUCUUCAGACUCCUGGACCAGAACCAGGACGGACUGGUCAACUUCAAGGAGUUCAUCACUGGACUGAGUGGGAUGUAUCACGGAGACAUGACGGAGAAACUCAAACUGUUGUAUAAGCUCCACCUCCCUCCCGCUCUGUGUCCUGAGGAGGCAGAGUCUGCCCUGGAGGCAACACACUUCUUUACUGAGGACGAACCACGAGAAUCUUCCUUCUUGUCUGACCUGGACUUGUUGGGACAGGAAGUGACAUCAGGUGAGGAGGGAAAGGAAGGAGGAGGAGAAGCUGACAAGAAGAAAGAGGAGAAGGUGAAGGACUACAGGUACUACCUGAGGAUGUGGGCCAAAGAGAAGGAGCCCAAGAGAGAGACCAUCAAAGACCUGCCCCGCAUGAACCAGGAGCAGUUCAUUGAGUUGUGUAAGACUCUGUACAACAUGUUCAGUGAGGAGCCUCUGGAGCAGGAGCUCUAUCACUCCAUCGCCACCGUCGCCAGUUUGCUGCUGCGCAUCGGAGAGGUCGGCAAGAAGUUCAACAAUGGGACCAAGAAGACAGAGACCGCGGCCACUGCACAGGCCCCACCCUCGGUUCAGGCCCCACCCCCGACUCAGGCUCCGCCCCCUGACCUUCAGAGGGAGGAAGGGCCCGGCGAGGGGGGCUCAGGUGAGUCCCAGGUAUGUCGAGCUCUGGCCGACGCUCAGCUGGAGCCGGCGGUCCUUCAGACGUCCGACGAAGAGACCAAAGACGACACGUCGGUGUCGUCGUACUCGGUGGUGAGCUCCGGCUCGCUGCAGUGCGAGGACAUCGCCGACGACACCGUGCUGAUCGGCGGCGAGCAGAGGCGGGGCAGCGUUCUGGAUGUCGAUUGGUCAAUCACCUUUGAGCAGGUCCUGGCGUCGCUGCUGACGGAGCCGCCACUGGUCGACUACUUUGAGAGGAAGGGGGACAUCCAGAGCAAGAUGGCCGCCUGUAAGGCCCAGCGGGUGGUGGAGCGUCAGAUUAGCUCCGCGUCUGACCACGAACUCACCCAGCACUCUAUCUGACUUACCUUUACCUGUCCACGUGACUCACCUGACUGACUCACCUUUUCCUGACUCACCUUUACUUGUCCACCUGACUCCUUGAGAACACAUCCUUGAUUUAAAAUUGAUCAGGCUGAUUCUGGACUAAACCAGACCUGUUCCGGAUCAGUGAAAUGGUCUCUCUGUUGUCUGUCUAAUUGAUUUUGUGUGUGAGACGUGUCUCUGCAAGAUCAGAUGAAAACUAACAAACACCAACAGAUGGGCAAGUGAAGCAGGUGAAUGAUGCUCUAACUACAGGAGCCCCAGAAUCCAAAAAGUGUUUUUUUUUUUUUUUGCAUAUUGAACAAAAGUUUUCUCACAAGUUAAAAAUCUGAAUCUGAGAAAACUCCAAUAAUCAAUAUUAUCAUGUGGUUGAGUCCUAACAUCUGAUUAUUGAUUAAUCUGACUCUGUCUCUGUGAGUGAAGACAAACCCAACCUAUGAACAGGUGAAACAGUUCAGUCUUUUAUUGAUUUUAAGAAAAUGAAAAUCCAGCGUUUAUUUAGAGGAAAUAAAGUUUAAUGUUUUAGUUUCUGUACAGUUCACAUAUACUAACUGUAUAUUAACGAAAUCAUGAGGUCAUGUUACUGAAUAAACUCAUAUCUGUUUCACCAGGUGAGUUUGCACCUGUAGACUUUUAUUUUGACGUCACUGAAGCCUUGUUUGUUUAUCUGCCUGUGUGAUGACAUCACUUUGUUUAUUUCCUGUUGAUCGAUGAUGUCAGAGGAUGUUUCAGUGUUUUUAUUCUUUUCUCCUCUGUAUUUAUUCAUCAACCUGCUUUUAAAUCCAUCAUACUGAUCAGUUAUCGAUCUAUAUUCUGUUCUAAUAAAUACGUCUUCUUC